GCGUCAUCACGCCCGCAAAACAGAUUUCGGGGUGAACUGUUUGCAAUGAGUCUGUUCUGCAGCACGCAUACUGUUAUUUGAUUUACUGGAUAUUGUUUAACUUGCUGGACUAUGGAAACCGACAACGAAGCUUGUGCGAUGACAGAAUCCAAAAAACGAGAACGGCCGUCUGGUUCGGGCAUGUACAGUUGCCGUGAUAUUGAAGCUUUGGAGAGUGCAGACUCGGACAUCGGCUUGUGUGGGUGGAUGCUGGUUAUGCUGUCUAUCAUGCUGAUGAUUCUCACGCUGCCUCUCUCCAUAUGGAUGUGCAUUAAGAUUGUGAAGGAAUAUGAGCGAGCUAUUAUCUUUCGUCUUGGGCGCAUUUUGCGAGGAGGAGCCAAAGGACCCGGCUUGUUCUUCAUCCUGCCAUGCACCGACAGCUUCAUCAACGUGGACAUGCGAACAAUCACCUUCGACAUCCCACCACAAGAGGUUUUGACUAAAGACUCUGUAACGGUGAGUGUUGAUGGUGUGGUUUACUACCGGGUUCAGAACGCGACUCUAGCGGUGGCUAACAUCACUAAUGCGGAUGCUGCCACCCGACUGCUGGCUCAAACCACCCUGAGGAACGUCCUGGGCACCAAGAACCUGGCAGAGAUCCUGUCUGACCGGGAGGAGAUCGCACACAGCAUGCAGUCUACUCUGGAUGAUGCUACAGAUGCCUGGGGCAUCAAAGUGGAGCGGGUGGAGAUCAAAGAUGUAAAGCUGCCCCUGCAGCUCCAGAGAGCCAUGGCUGCUGAGGCCGAGGCCAGCCGAGAGGCCAGAGCCAAGGUGAUCGCAGCAGAAGGAGAGAUGAACGCGUCACGGGCUCUGAAGGAGGCCUCCCUGGUGAUUGCAGAGUCCCCGUCUGCCCUGCAGCUGCGCUACCUGCAGACCCUCAACACCAUCGCUGCAGAGAAGAACUCCACCAUCAUCUUCCCGCUGCCGCUGGAGAUGAUGCAAGGUCUCCUGAAACGCUAAAUCUAAAUAAAACCAUUAGGGUUCCAUCCAGGUCCCCCAACCCCCCC